AUGGGAAACUUCUAUUACAAGGCAUUAUUUGUUUUGGCUGUAGUUACUAUAUUUGGAACAAGGCCCUGUUUGGCCAAACACACACCAGCAAACUUUGUUUUUGGAGAUUCUUUGGUUGAUGCAGGCAACAACAACUACAUUUUGUCUCUUUCAAAAGCAGAUUUUGUGCCAAAUGGGAUUGACUUUGGGUUGCCCACUGGGAGAUUCACUAAUGGAAGAACCAUAAUUGACAUGAUAGCAGGACAGGAAUUAGGCUUUAAUGGCUACACACCUCCAUAUUUGGCACCUACCACAGCUGGACUAACAAUUUUGCAAGGUGUGAAUUAUGCUUCUGGUGGAGGUGGGAUCUUAAAUUAUACUGGCAAGAUUUUUGGUGGGAGAAUAAAUCUGGAUGCACAGCUGGACAACUUUGCAAACACAAGGCAAGAAAUAAUCUCAAGGAUUGGUUUUGGUGAAGCCCAAAAGCUGUUCAAAGAUGCAUUGUUUUCAGUCACAAUUGGGUCAAAUGAUUUCAUCAACAAUUAUCUCACACCAUUUGUUCCUUCCAAAGUUGAGCAGCAGAUAAUGCCUCCACAAUCUUUUGUUGGGGCCAUGAUUUCAAAAUACAGACUUCAACUCAUGAGGCUAUACAGCAUGGGAGCAAGGAAGAUAGUGGUGGCUAAUGUGGGGCCCAUUGGGUGCAUACCAUUUCAGAGGGAAAUAAAUCCAAGUGCAGGGGAUGGGUGUGCUGUUUUUCCCAACCAACUCGCCCAGCUAUUCAACGCCCAAUUAAGGGUACUUUUGAGGGACCUUUCUGCAAAUCUUCAACACUCGACUUUUGUAUAUGCUGAUGUGUACCACAUUGUUGAUGAUAUCAUUCAAAAUUAUUCAUCAUAUGGAUUUGAGAACCCAAACUCGGCCUGCUGUCAUGUGGCGGGAAGGUAUGGUGGGCUGAUUCCAUGUGGGCCUACAUCAAAAGUUUGUACGGACAGGUCCAAAUACGUAUUUUGGGAUGCUUAUCAUCCAACGGACAAAACUAAUUCUAUAAUAACAAGGCGUCUAAUAGAUGGAGAGCCUUCAGACAUUUGGCCCAUUAACAUUCGACAGUUAAUGAAAGUUGCGCCGUCGGAUUGA